ACAGUCGGUAGAUUCUAUAACAUCCUUGUUAUUUGACAUGUCGUCAGAAACUGAGGAAUGGUGGAUACAAGACGCGUGAAAGAUAGCGAUUGAAGUUAACUAGGGAAGAACUUGCACCAUGCAGCCUGUCACACCACAUGGCUUGGCACGCGGCUGACGUCAACCCGGUGGGAUAUAUCCAGUUCUGGGUGGAAAGUUCUACAUGUGUGCUGAUCUGUAGUGUGAGUUCCUAUACUGUGGUGAUACAGACCAGUCACGCUCCUAUUGUGUGACGUAUUCCUCGGGUCUCAACAACGUUUGAAUGGAUUAGCAUUAAGUAAGCUCCAUUGCAACUGAGGUGUAAAUAAAAACAACGUGUCGACUUUUCCUCUGCUCUGUCUGCUGGCCGAUAGUGUUGAUAUUAUGACGACUGUAGCGACACAGAUUGAAGCAGUAGAGACCGAGAUUCAAGGAUGUGAAGACCGGCUGGAUGUGAUUGAGCGUUCUCUGCGCCUAAAGGAGGACAUGACUGACCCAGAAAGAAAUGAUUUAAAGGAAGAGGCCAAACGAGUAAAAAAGACACUGACAAAUCAUAAGAGCGAGCUGAGUAAGUUACGGAAGGAGAACUGGAAGAACAUGUUACUGUCGGUGUUACUGAUGGGACUAGUCUACCUUACCUACCACUAUAUAUGGGCACCGUAACUGCUAAUAAACCUGUUAUAUUGACA